CAACAGCAGCGCGCAGCAGGGACGGCCAAGAGAAAAGUCGAAAAACCGAUACAAAACGGCGAGCAGAAGGUGAAAAAAGCGACACCAGCCCAAAGUUUCCAGCGACGGCAACCAGCAGAAUGACGCUGCCGAGCAGUGCCAGGGUGUACGCGGAUGUAAAUUCGCAUAAACCACGUGAAUAUUGGGACUACGAGAACUACAUCGUCGAUUGGGUAAACCAGGAUGACUACCAGCUAGUGCGGAAACUGGGCCGGGGCAAGUAUAGCGAGGUGUUCGAGGCGAUCAAAAUGACGAGCAACGAGAAGUGCGUGGUGAAAAUUCUGAAGCCGGUCAAGAAGAAAAAGAUCAAACGCGAAAUCAAGAUCCUCGAGAAUCUCCGGGGCGGUACCAACAUCAUCACGCUGCUGGCGGUGGUGAAGGAUCCGGUCUCCCGCACGCCGGCACUCAUCUUCGAGCAUGUGAACAAUACCGACUUCAAGCAGCUCUACCAAACGCUCAGCGAUUACGACAUCCGGUACUAUUUGUACGAGCUGCUGAAGGCGCUCGACUACUGCCACAGCCUGGGCAUCAUGCACCGUGACGUGAAGCCACACAACGUGAUGAUCGACCACGAGAAUCGCAAGCUGCGUCUGAUCGACUGGGGCCUGGCCGAGUUCUACCAUCCGGGCCAGGAGUACAACGUGCGGGUCGCGAGCCGCUACUUCAAGGGUCCGGAGCUGCUGGUCGACUACCAGAUGUACGACUAUUCGCUCGAUAUGUGGUCACUCGGCUGCAUGCUCGCGUCGAUGAUCUUCCGCAAGGAGCCGUUCUUCCACGGACACGACAACUAUGAUCAGCUCGUGCGCAUCGCGAAGGUGCUCGGUACCGAGGACCUGUUCGCGUAUCUGGACAAAUACAAUAUCGAGCUAGAUCCGCGCUUCAACGACAUCCUGUCGCGUCACUCGCGCAAGCGAUGGGAACGUUUCGUUCACUCGGAGAACCAGCACCUGGUGUCGCCAGAAGGGCUCGACUUUCUCGACAAGCUGCUGCGCUACGAUCACUUCGAGCGUUUGACCGCGCGGGAGGCCAUGGAGCAUCCGUACUUUGCCAUCAUCGUCAACGGGCAGAUGCCGCCACCGCCGACCUCGUCCACCAAGGGCGGCACCAACUAAAUAAGCGCCCUGCCCUCCCCCGUCAUGUCCGUCUGCAGUGUUGCGCCCUUCCGUCACAGCGC